AUGACCCGGAAACACACAUUCGGCCUGGACAAGCCUUGGGCUUCCCAUAUCUCCGCCCAGCUGCCCGAUUACUCCUAUGGCCUGCCAGCUUCAGCUCCAGCUCCAGUGUCCAAACCAGCUGCGACCACAGCACCCAUCAACCCCGAUGACUACUCAAAGCCCUACCUCGAGUUCAUGAGCUCCAACCCCACUAUUUUCCACACCGUUGACACCUUCUCCAAGCAGCUCGAGCAGCAUGGCUACAAGAAGCUCUCCGAACGUGCGGUGUGGACCUCGGAACUAAAGCGGGGCGGCAAGUUCUACGUUACACGGAACAGCAGCUCGCUGCUUGCUUUUAACAUUGGCAAGGAAUAUGAGAGCGGUAAUGGAAUGGCAAUUGUUGCCGGUCACGUGGAUGCACUCACGGCCAAGCUGAAGCCUGUGUCGAAGCUCCCAAAUAAGGCGGGCUACGAGCAGCUUGCCGUUGCCCCGUAUGCCGGUGCACUGGGUCCCACCUGGUGGGAUCGUGACCUCGGUAUCGGUGGUCGGGUUUUGAUCAAGAACCCAGAAACUGGAAAGAUCGAGAAUAAGCUGGUGAAGCUUGACUGGCCCAUCGCCCGUAUUCCCACCCUGGCUCCCCACUUCGGAACGCCUGCCAAUGGCCCAUUCAACCAAGAAACGCAGAUGGUACCAAUUAUCGGUGUUGAUAACUCGGAUCUAUUCGAGACCUCGUCCGCCCCGUCGAUCAACAUUAAGGCCGGAACCUUCGCUGCAACCCAGCCUGAGAAACUUGUGAAGGUUAUCGCCAAUGAGAUUGGCGUGACAGAUUACAGCUCGAUUCUUGAGUGGGAGCUUGAGCUCUUUGAUAUUCAGCCCGCUCAAUUUGGUGGGCUGGAGAAAGAAAUGAUCUUUGCCGGUCGUAUCGAUGAUAAGCUUUGCUGCUAUGCCGCCCAGGAGGGUCUCCUUGCUACUGAUGACAACAAGUCACCCGGUAUCGUGAAGAUGGUUGGCAUGUUUGAUGAUGAAGAAAUUGGCAGUUUGCUGCGCCAGGGUGCCAAGUCAAACUUCAUGGGCAGUGUGAUGGAGAGAAUCGCCGAGGCCUUUGCGGGGCAGACCUACGGUCCCAACGUCCUUUCCCAGACUGUUGCGAAUAGUUUCCUGGUGUCGUCGGAUGUCAGCCACGCUGUCAACCCCAACUUCCUCAACGUCUAUUUGGAGAACCACUCCCCCCGUCUCAACGUCGGUGUGGCAGUCUCUACUGAUAGCAAUGGCCACAUGACCACCGAUAGCGUCAGCUCUGGUAUGCUGAAGGAGAUUGCAUCUCGAUGUGACUCAAAGCUGCAGCUUUUCCAGAUCAGGAAUGACUCUCGCAGCGGUGGUACCAUUGGUCCUAUGACCAGUGCCCAGAUUGGUAUGCGAGCCAUCGACUGUGGUAUUGUACAGCUCAGCAUGCACAGUAUUCGGGCCACGACCGGUAGACAAGAUCCUGGACUAGGUGUGAAGCUUUUCAAGGGUGUUUUUGAUCACUUCGAAGAAGUUGAUAAGGAAUUUGCCGACUUUUAA